AUGAGUACCAUGCUGAAAAUUCAGGAAAAUUGCGUCGUGAAGCUCAAAGAAUGGGAGCAACGCUGGCACGAUAACAGAAUUGGCUUUCACAGGCCACACGUACACAAGAUGCUGGAGAGUAAAAUUGAAAAAGCUUUGGCCGGGCGGACGGGAGUUCGCUUCUUCUUUCCUCUUUGUGGAAAAGCUGUAGAUAUGAAGUGGUUAGCAGACAUGGGCCAUUCGGUGGUCGGAGUGGAGAUAUCGGAAAAAGCAAUUCAGCAGUUCUUUUCGGAGAACGACUUGACAUACAGUGAGGAAACUGUUCCAGCUAUUCCUGGAGCAAAGGUCUUCAAGAACUCAGAAAAAAACAUCACCUUGUAUAACUGCGACUUGUACAGUUUAACCAGUUCAAUUAUUGGUCAGUUUGGGGCGAUUUGGGACCGAGCCUCUAUGGUGGCCAUCAACCCGAGAGACAGAGUAAAAUAUGCUUCUCUCAUGAUUUCUUUGAUGGCAAAUGACUGCAAAUACCUUUUGUCUACGUUCAUGUACAAUGCGGAACUUUAUAAAGGCACUCCUUUUGUUGUCACUGGUGAGCAAGUAUAUACCUUGUUUGGAGAAAAGUGUGACGUGGAAAAGCUUUUAUCUGAAAAUUUGACUGGAGACAGACUCCAGGCUUGGGGCGUUGACUACGUGAUUGAAGAACUGUACCUCAUUACUCUGAAGAUGAGCUAA